CCCUGAAGAAUCUCGUGUCUCUGUUUCUUAACUAAUCUAAAAGACAAAAACAGCCAUUAUUGCCAGCGAAGCUUUCGUAUUCUAGCUAUAUUAGCCAAAAAAAAGCAAAAGUAUACUACCACCACAACCUCCAUCAAAUACAGAAACAGCUCGAGAGAAACCAUACGCUGUCGUUUCGGACAUGAAAAUGGCGGAUAAUUACUUGUUAGGAUGGAUCUUAUGUUCUAUAAUAGGACUGUUUGGAUUGUAUUAUAUGGUGUAUUUGGUGGUCAAAAGAGAAGAAGAAGAUAACAACAGAAAAGCUCUGUUACAAGCAAGAAGUGACUCCGCCAAAACUAUGUCCGCCGUCAGUCAAAAUGGAGAAUGCAGAUCCGAUAACCCUGCCGAUGCUGACAUCAUCAUCGUUGGUGCUGGCGUUGCUGGUUCCGCUCUGGCUCAUACUCUCGGCAAGGAUGGGCGUAGAGUGCAUGUUAUUGAAAGAGACUUGACUGAACCUGACAGAAUUGUUGGUGAAUUGCUACAACCGGGGGGCUAUCUAAAGUUAAUUGAGUUAGGACUUGAAGAUUGUGUGGAAGAAAUUGAUGCACAGCGGGUGUUUGGUUAUGCACUUUUUAUGGAUGGGAAACACACCCAACUCUCUUAUCCCUUGGAAAAGUUUCACUCUGAUGUAGCAGGGCGGAGCUUCCACAAUGGGCGUUUUAUACAGAGGAUGCGGGAGAAAGCUUCAUCUAUUCCUAAUGUACGAUUGGAACAAGGAACUGUCACUUCUCUAAUUGAAGAAAAAGGGAUAAUCCGAGGAGUGGUUUACAAAACGAAAACUGGUGAAGAGCUCACAGCUUUUGCACCACUAACAAUUGUUUGCGAUGGUUGUUUCUCAAACUUGCGUCGCUCCCUUUGCAACCCCAAGGUGGAUGUGCCCUCUUGUUUUGUUGGUUUGGUCUUGGAGGAUUGCAAACUUCCAUAUCAAUAUCAUGGGCACGUUGUAUUGGCAGACCCUUCCCCAAUUCUGUUCUAUCAGAUCAGUAGUACAGAAGUUCGCUGUCUAGUUGAUGUACCUGGCCAGAAGGUUCCUUCUAUUUCAAAUGGGGAGAUGGCAAAAUAUUUGAAGAAUGUGGUGGCACCUCAGGUUCCGCCAGAAAUAUAUGAUUCCUUUGUAGCUGCAGUUGAUAAGGGAAACAUUCGGACAAUGCCAAACAGAAGCAUGCCUGCUUCUCCUUAUCCUACUCCUGGUGCAUUAUUGAUGGGUGAUGCAUUCAACAUGCGCCAUCCUCUGACUGGGGGAGGAAUGACUGUGGCACUAUCUGACAUUGUUGUGUUGCGGGAACUUCUGAAGCCCUUGCGUGACCUGCAUGAUGCACCUACUCUCUGCAGAUAUCUUGAAUCCUUCUACACCUUGCGAAAGCCUGUGGCAUCUACAAUCAAUACGCUUGCAGGUGCCCUCUACAAGGUGUUUUGUGCUUCAUCUGAUGAAGCAAGGAAUGAAAUGCGGCAGGCUUGCUUUGAUUAUUUGAGUCUAGGAGGUGUAUUCUCAACUGGACCAAUCUCUUUGCUCUCGGGUUUAAAUCCUCGUCCAUUGAGCUUGGUUGUCCAUUUCUUUGCUGUGGCAAUUUAUGGUGUUGGCCGUUUGUUACUGCCAUUCCCUUCACCUAAGCGCGUCUGGGUUGGAGCUAGGUUGAUAUCGGGUGCAUCAGGAAUCAUCUUCCCCAUUAUCAAGGCAGAAGGAGUUAGACAGAUGUUCUUCCCCGCAACCGUCCCAGCAUAUUAUAGAGCUCCUCCUGUUGAAUGCAAUUAGUUUGACAAGAAUGUGAGUGAAAAAUUCGUGACAAGAAGGAACGGGGCGUUUCUCAUUUUGGUUUUAAUCUCAUCCCUUUGUUCAAAUCAAAGUUGAGGGGAAAAGAAGUGUGAAUUGUAAUACGCUUUAGUUUAUAGGAGAAUGUUUUCCCUAGGAUGUCUAUAUCUGUGACUCUGAGCUCAAAAUAUAUAAAUUUUUUUAUUUUCACUUA